AUUCCACAUACUGUUUAUUUCAAUCUUUUGAUUUCAUUUAAUGCAAAAUUGGAUCAGUAUACACGAAUUUCUUUGCUUGUUUUAACUAUCUGUCCUGUUAUAGGGGCCAGCCGGCUGAUUCAUCACCUUCAUGAAAAUGGGAUACCAAUUUGUGUUGCUACAGGUACACACACGCGGCACUUUGAUUUGAAAACUCAAAGACACAGCGAACUUUUUUCACUAAUGCAUCAUAUCGUUCGUGGUGAUGAUCCAGAAGUUAAACAAGGGAAGCCAUCACCUGAUAUAUUCCUUGCAGCUGCAAACAGAUUUGAGGGUGGACCAGUAGAUCCACAGAUAAUUCUUGUAUUUGAAGAUGCGCCCUCUGGUGUCCUUGCAGCCAAGAAUGCUGGAAUGUCAGUAGUAAUGGUUCCAGAUGCAAGGUUGGAUAGUUCAUAUCAUCAAGUUGCUGAUCAGGUUUUGAAUUCUUUACUUGAUUUCAGCCCAGACGAUUGGGGAUUGCCUCCAUUAGAAAAUGCAUCAACAAACUCAAUUAGUUUAGUUUGAUCACGAUUCUUAAGUUCCCAAACAGAGCCUAUUAUGAGUUCAAAAUUCGGAUUUUUGGGGUUCGCCUCUAGUUGGUUAUUCAUAGAAUAUUCAGCUUUAUGUUGAAAUGAAGAAACUGAGGAUUUCGUUGUAUUGCAACUCGUGUAAGCCCGCAUGAUAUGGUAAACUCCAUUCUCCAAUCUCAAGUCUCCAAUCCCAGCAGGCAAGUGGCCCUUUUUACCUAGUAGGUUAUCUCUCCCUUGUCAUAUGGAGUUGCAUGUCAAAAGUCAUAAAUGCAGUUCUGUACAUUUUAUUUGUUGAAAAUCAAUUUUAAAAAAUGGCAGUCAUGUCGUUGUCGGAACGGCUAGGAAACUGGUUUGACUCA